AUGGAAAAUAUACAGUUUUUAGAAUUGUAUGAAAUAUUUACUUCUGGACAAUUUAAUAAUCAAGGUGUUGUAGUUUAUGUUUGUCAAAAUAAGGUUAACAAAUGGGUAGAAGUAAGUGACAGUUUAAACAGUGAUCUUAAAAUCAUGGAACUCUUAGGAUAUAAUUAUGUAAAAUUUUCACUUCUUACAGAAUCU